AUGCUAAAUACCUCUCUGAAUUGGAAGAUCCCAAUAUGCAACUACACGGUGUGCCCCACGCCCGAAUUCCAGUCGGUAGAUGGCUUCGAACUGACCACAGUGGGUUCCCAGCAGAGCUGGCAAUGUGCCUCGGGCUAUGGAGGCCAAGCGGUGGAAAGUUGUCCGAUCUACGUCGACCCUUUGAACAGCUCCAACUGCACCAGCAACACCGUGCUGGUGGGUUGUCUCCCAGUGGUGGGUUGUGUCAAGCCAUCGGCGGACGAGUGCGUCUACAACACCUCGGAAUGCGACAACUUGGGGCCGGGCCAGUUCUGCGUGCUGCGGUGUCAAACCAACUACGAAGGCACCUCCACUGGAGGCUAUUGCCUGGACUCCAACACCAAUCCCAACCGCUUGGUGGAAUGGACCCGACCCAGCUGCAGGAUGGUUUGCCCAGAUCCCGUUCCAAUGCCGCGGGGCUACUGGAGAAGCAACGUCACCGGCUUCCUGGAAUGCGCACCUGGAUUCUGGGGCAGUGCCAAUUCCUUCUGUUCGCGGAAAUUCUCGGGCUGCGACAUCGAGACCACGCUCUUCGGGUGCUAUGAGCUCUUCCCCUGCGUCUUUCCGGAGAUCGAUCCAUGCAUCUACGACUACGACCCGACCGUGCAGCUUUGGGGAGGCGAGAGCCUGACGAUCCAAUGCAAACGGCCUUACAGGGGCUUUCAAUCCACAGCGAUGUGUCCACCCAACAAUUUGGAUGCAACCAGAGCCUUCAUGUGGUUUCCGGGCGAUUGUUUCUGCCCUGAUCCAUGUCCCAUUCCUCCGGGAUAUGUCAAAACAGGGCCGGGCUACGACAACAGGGUUUGCGGACAGGGCUACACGGGCACUUCCCUGCUGCAUUGCGGAAGUGAGAGCAAGUGCCAGGAAGUGCCGUUGCUGUCGGGCUGCACGAAAGCGGUUCCGUGCGCUCGUUUGAACUUGACAGAUUAUCGCUGUGACGUGGAGUUAAUGGGUUGCGAAGAUCUUCAACCGGGACAAAGCUGCACAGUGGCCUGUGCCAUGCCCUACAGCGGAGCAUCUGUCACGGCACUGUGCCCACAGGACAACGGCGAUGAGAACGCCCAGCCGAUUCUACAAGGUGAGUUGAACUGCAUCCUGGACUCGUGCAACGCCACCGAUGAGAUUCCGGUGGGGUACGUGAAGACGCACGAUAGCUGGAGGUGCGACGAAGGUUAUGGCGGAACGCCUGCAGUGCAUUGCGGUUUUUCACCUGCUGGAGCAUUCCAGGGCGGUAGAGGUUGUGGAUUCGAGAUGCAUCCCAGCGGCUGCAAACCCUUGGUUCCCUGCGUGCCUCCCUCAUCUCUGGAGGGAUGCAAAUACGACACCUCGAGCUGCGGCUCAGUAGUGCCAGGCCAAGAAUGUCAGCUAAAAUGUCGAAAACCCUACAGCGGUCUGGGCGUGUUCGCCGCCUGCCCCGGCGACAACACAGAUCCCACACAGGAAGUGAUUUUGCCCGUUGGCUCCUUCUUGGAUUGUGACUGUCCAGCCCCUGCGCCGGAGUUCGUUCCAGCGGGCUACAUGCAGAACACAGAGGGCGAUUGGGUGUGUGGCCCAGGUUUUGCAGGAACGGCCGUGAAGCGUUGCGAACGCCCGGACACAUGUUUGGAUGAACCAGAGUUUUUGGGAUGCUUCCCACUGAAGCCAUGCAUCAUUCCGGACGUGGAUACCUGCAUGUUCGACCUCUCCGACUGCGUGAACGUGAUGCCUGGUGAGACCUGCAGCAUCUAUUGCGUGCCGCCCUACAAACAGGACCAGGUGCAGAACGCCACAUGUCGACUUGGAAACAUCGACCCUUUGCAGCCCAUUGAGUGGGAGAUUGGCAGGUGUGACUUGGAUUGGGAGGAUUGCAAAGAUCCACUGCCCUUGCCGGUGGGUUAUGAAAAGAGAUCCGAUGGAUUCCAUUGUGCCGCUGGUUAUGUGGGAGCGGUAGAGGUGUCUCCCACUGUGCAUUGUGGACCUUGGGCUAACUGCGACUCGACGCCCAAACUCACAGGCUGCUUUCCAUUGGAGUCCUGUCGUCCUGUGCGCUUUGACGAUUGUGCCUACAACACCUCUCAGUGCCCCUAUGAUUUCAAGCCGGGACAAGAAUGUCAAGUCACUUGCAAGGCGCCCUAUGUGGGACCGCCUUCGGUGGCCAGAUGUAGCAGUAACAACAUUGAUUGGCAGGGCGCCUUCGAAUGGGUAGCCUCGGAGUGUUUCUGUCCCAACCCGCGGACGGUGCAGGAAGGCUACUUCCAAAACGCUUCCGGCUGGUUCUGUGACACCAACAACAGCUACACGGGAGAAGCAGAGGUCGUAUGCAGUCAGCCUGGGUUUUGCCUUGCGGAGCCCAUGGUCAUCGGCUGCCAGAAAUCGGGUCCGUGUGUCGCACCCCUCUUGGACCACUGCAUGUUUGACGCCAGCAGUUGCGAUGGCGUGGAGAUCGCCCGGCAGUGUGUCAUCUCCUGCGCUGCGGGAUUCAUUGGCGCCUCCACCACAGCCUUCUGCGAGAAUCCGGGUGGACAGUUUGGUCUCCAGUACACCGAACCCAGCUGUCGCUUGGACUUUUGUCCCGACCCAGCUGUGAUGCCCGGCUACCUGUGGAACACCAGCGGCUGGUUCUGCGCUGAUGGUUUCGAGGGCUCAGCGCAGAAGCUCUGCUCGCACGACGGCAGCUGUGCGGUCUACAGUUGGCUCAGCGGCUGCACGCCCAUCCGCACCCCCUGCAGCCUCCCAGCGCUGGGCUGCAGGUAUGACGUGUCCAACUGCAGUGCCAUCACUCCGGGUGAGUACUGUGAAGUGAAGUGCGCCGCCCCCUUCGCUGGGACCCCGUCCCGGGCGGUCUGUGCCCCGGGCUACAGCAGCGAGGGUCGCCCAGGCGGCCCAAGCAGCCCACCGGAGGAGCUGCUUCUGACCCUGCCGUACUGCGAUUUGGAGGGCUGUCCUGAUCCGGAUCCCAUUCCGGUGGGCUACCAGCGCGUGGGCGAAAUCUUCACCUGCACCGAAGGAUUUGUGGGACAGGCGAUCAUGCAAUGCCGUGAGACGCAACCAUGUGAGCAUGUCUUGACUUUGAGUGGUUGCACCAACGCCACAGAAAUCGCCAUCUCUUUGGCUCAGCUCAUAGAGGCACCAUCGCAGCGUGACUUUUCGCCAUGCCAAGCUGGGGAGGCAUGUGGAGAACCUGAUGAUGUGCCAGAAGGCUAUGACAAGUUUCUGGGAGAAUGGCGCUGCUCCGUGGGCUUUGCCGGAUCUGCAGGAAUUCAAUGCUCUGCACGACGGAACUGUCAAUCUACACCGACGCUCAGCGGCUGUGUGCCGAUUGAGGCAUGUCUUCCCAUCAUCGCAGAUGGCUGUGACAUCGAUGUCUCUGAUUGUCGAAGUGUGCAAGGUGGCGAAAGUUGCGAAAUCAAAUGCAAGGAUCCCUACACCGGGCCCUCAACCUAUGGCACCUGCCCAGAGGGCAACAUCAACACCAGCGAAGUGCUGACGUGGAGUCGUCCACAGUGCGCGUUGACGAACUGCCCUCAGGGCCUGGUGGUGCAGGAUGGAUACAUCAAGGACAGCAUCCUGGGAUGGAUUUGUGCCAACGGCUUCAAAGGAGAUGCUUCGGUGAACUGUUCCAUCAACGAUGCCUGCGAGGCAGAAUGUGUCUAUGGCGGCUGCCAUCCCAUCGAAGUUUGCCGAGCCCCACCGGUCGACGCUUGUCGUUUCAACUGGACCGACUGCGAUGGGAUUUUGCCGGGCCGCAGCUGCCACGUGAGUUGUAUGCCGCCGUACUUGGGGCAACGCACCAUGGCCAACUGCCGCGCCACCGCGCCCCUGGGGCCCAAUUUGACCAGCACCAGCCCACCGGAGCUGGAUUGGACACCGCCCAUCUGCCAAUGUCCAGAAGCUUCACCAGCACCAGGGUACACGAAAGUCAUAGAUGCCCCGGAAGAAACCUGGCAAUGCGAUGAAGAAUUCGGAGGAUCAGCGGCAAAGCGAUGCCAGCGGCCUUUGGAAUGCUUGGAUGCCCCUGAGCUCUUCGGCUGUUUGCCGCUGCAACCCUGUGUGCCACCGAUUAGUACCGCCCGCUGCGAACCCCUGGACAUGUCCAAUUGCUCCGAGGUUCCUCCUGGAGAAAGCUGUGAGGUCCGUUGUGUGCCACCCUUUGUGGGAGCUCCAAGUAUUGCCUCCUGCCCGGCCGAAAACCUGAUCCUCAACCAGGUCUUGACGAUGCCAGUGGAGCCCUGUGUUCUUGGCUGUAAAGAUCCCCCAGUGCAUCCUGGAUAUCAGAAGAGGGGAGAAGACUGGCGAUGUGACAGAGAGGAUCGGUUCAAUGGCACGGCCAAUGUCUUUUGUGAGUUGGAUGAAAGCUGCGACUCGAUGAAGAAGUUUGAAGGCUGCAUUCCUUCGACCAGGCCUUGCCUGGCGCCUCCAUUGGACCUCUGCCAGUACGACGUCUCCGACUGCCUCAGCGUAGCGCCCAACUCCAGUUGUGUCAUCGGCUGUGCUGGGAACUAUGCAGGGCAGCCAGUGGAGGCAACGUGUCCUGAAGGCAAUGUGCAAGACAAUGGCCUGAAAUUCACGGCUCCCCGCUGCGUAGCGGAGGAAAUCGACUGUCCCUUGCCGGCGGUACUGCCAACAGGCUACAAGUUGGACGGCCGCGACGUGGUCUGUGAAGAUGACUAUGUGGGAUCCUUCGUGUCACAUCGAUGUGGCCACGACGCACAGUGCAACAAGGUCUUAGAGCUGACGGGCUGCGUGAAACCUGUGAAGUGCUCACCACUGAAGAUCGAGCCCUGCGAACGCGACAACUUGGGAUGUUGGGAUGUGGAGGCUGGAGGAUCAUGUUCCAUCGGAUGCAAACCACCCUUCUUCGGUCCGUCGUCCUUGGCAUCGUGCCCUGCGGGCAACACGGAUCCCACCACGCCGUUGGAGUUUGACCUGAUAUCAUGUCUUUGUUCGGAUCCGCCGGUGAUUCCAGAUGGAUAUUCUCAAGACAUUUUCGGCCAGUGGUCCUGCGACCCAGGCUAUGCCGGCACGGCCGAAGCGCGCUGUCGAGUGGGCGAGACGUGCAUCGCAGACUCUGAGCUGGUGGGCUGUGAGAAACUGGAGCCCUGCCGCGACUUGACACCCACCUCUUGCGACCAAGACGUCUCGGAUUGCACCGAUGUUCAACCAGGUGGAACGUGCUUCGUCACCUGCCGCCAGCCGUGGACAAGCAUCGAAAGUACAUUGGGAACCUGCCCCGACAACAAUGUUGAUCCAAUGCGCACUGUGACAUGGACGCAUCCAACGUGCGAGCUCCGCUGUCCGGCGCCAAAUCCCAUGCCAGAUGGCUUUGUGUGGGAUGAAGCAACCAGAACUGCCAGCUGCAAAGAAGGUUAUCUUGGCCCUGCAUCCACGGUUUGCAUCGUCAAUAACAUGACGUGCGAGGUCACGACCUUCGUCUCAGGCUGUCAGAAGCUGAUGCCAUGUUUGCUGCCACCGGUGGACCCGUGCAGGGUCAAUAUGACGUCAUGCAGGGAUGUGAUGCCUGGGGAGUCCUGCCGACCGCGUUGUAUCCAGCCUUUUGAGUUGUACGGCCCGGCAGCGCUGGCGCGAUGUCCGGAGAAUAACCUGCUGCCAGACACGGAACUCCAGUGGCUGCAAUUUCCGAACUGCUCGGUGUUUGAAUGUGAGGAUCCAUCUCCGGUCCCUGCAGGCUAUGCCUUCGGCAUCAAUGAAAACGAUCCGGUGGCAGUGGGACACGGAAUACCACGCUGGUAUUGUGCUCCCGGAUAUGUUGGCAUCGCAGAACGCGUCUGCAGUGGCAACGCCACCUGUGGAGUGGUGGCCUUCCUGUCGGGCUGCUUGCCCAUCAUUGCCUGCCGAGCUCCAGUGGUGGACACCUGUCGUGUGGAUGACUCACGAUGUGGCAGCAUUCGGCCUGGAAGCCGCUGCACAUUGUCGUGUCGCCCACCAUUCGUUGGAGCUCAAACCGUUGCCUCGUGUUCUGUGAGGAACACGGAGCCAGACGGCUUGCUCUUCCGAAGCCCUAUAUGUACGCUGCCAUCGAACUUUGACCCGAUCCCCUUAGACACUGGCUUUUCGAGUACGUACGAAGGGUAUCGCUGUGGAGUGGGAUACGCAGGGCGCAUCCAAACAGUAUGCCGUCACAGGUACUGUAAGUCAUUCGAGAAGGGACACAGUGAGUCACAGCCUCUCAUGAACCAGUUCCUGCCAGAAAUGCAAGCAGGGUGCCGAACCACUACGUAUCCAGUGGGCUGCGCACCGCCGGUGCCCUGCAAAGUUGGCAACUUCCAGGAUGAAGAUGGUCGCGGAGGUUUCAUCGCAGGAAACAUCUCCUUUGGCCGUGCUCAGCUGGACACCAUGCUCAAUGCCGGACAGGCUCGGGACUUCCGAUCCAACACGCCAUUGAGAUUCAGUGGCAAGGGCACCAUUUACGAGGAUGAGAUCGAUAGCUACGAUGUGUACUUCGUGGACUCGUGCAACCGCACCUUGGGAAACGCCUUGACUUCAGUCGCAAUCAAAGACGCCACAGAUCAGAUCCUGUGCUGCGACGAAACUGUUUACAACAUUUCUUUGGUGGACCUGCGGAUGACAGAAGAAGUCAAGGGGCUGGCCGUCAUAGCCAGGAUUCGCAACUCUUUGGGCUUGGAGCCUUCAGUGAAUUACUGGGUCGUCACCAUCGAGGAUCGCAUCGACCCUAUCACCAAUGUGGCGAUCCGAAUGACGACUGCCGUGGUAGCUUGGCUCCUGGGAGCCUUCUUUCUGAGCUGA